UUCGCUCCCGCCUGCUGCCUGCCUGCUCCUUUCCUCAACCCUCCGUCCAAACGAGCAGCCCAAAAGAGGACAAAGACCUCAUCAGACCCAUCAUCCCACGCCCACACACGCCCACAUCUUUGUCCCCAACAAGGAACACACACCCCUCGGACGUGUAUUCGCAUUGACCAAGCCGAGUCGAGCAGUCGUCCUCUUUGCGAGCUUCAUUAAGCCGAUCCUUCAUCGACGACGUGUGUCCGAUCGCCAUCCCCUCCUAGCAGCCUUAUAAACCGCUCCCUGGCCUGCCCCACCCCGGCGUCCCCACUCCCAGUCUCGCACAGCCCCGCUUGUCAGCCCGCGCCCGCCCGGUUUACUAUGGCCCUUGUCGAGCUCAGUGUCAACACUGUCCAGCCACACAAGCACUGUCCCUUCUCGCCGACUGUCUCCGUCGUCGACACCGGCAUGGCCUAUAAAUACGCCCCGCCCCCGUCCUCCACACUGCCCCCCCUCUCCGUCCCAGUGCUCUCCAAGCCCAAGGCACUCUCGAUCUCCACCUCUCUCGUACAGCCUUCGAUUCCUUCCAAUCCCCAUCCACCAAUACCUCCCCUGUCCAUCCCCCAGCGCAGCGAUCCACAAAGCUAUGGACACGACUACGCACGGACACAACAGCAGCAGCAUCACACGCGUCCCUUCUCUCCCGCGCCACCGCCACUCUCCAUGUCACUAUCUCUUUCCCAAUCGCAGUCUUCCCAACCACCAAAACCAACCCCGGGCCCUUCACGUCCGAGUCUCUCCCUCCAGCUCGGCUUCCAGCCCCCACAGCCAUCCUCACACCCAUUCUCCCACCCCUCCCCACUAUCGAUAUCGACAUCAUCAUCAUCCGCAUCGACCUCACGCGUCGCCUCGCCCGCACCCAUGUCUUCCCUAUCCGCCAUCUCGACCUCCACUUCCUCAUCUAUGUCCUACUACGGCUGCACAUCCCCACUGAGUCCUUCCUCGGAUUAUCUCACGCCUACGUCCGCGUCUACGUCAUAUUACACCCCCACCUCCGCCUUUCCGUCCUCUUCCUCACAUUCCCACUCGCGCACUAAAUCGACACAGCUCUUCAGUCCGAGCUCAGCGAAUUCUCUAGGUCCAGUCCCUGCAGCUACAGCACUGUCAACACGCUGGGAACUCUCCCCGCAUGGCAAUGUCUCCGAAAUCAUCCCUGGCUUGCUCAUCUCCGAUCUAUCCAUCGCAGAGGACGAAGAGAGCUUGGAAGAGCUGGGGGUGACGCAUGUGUUGAGUGUCAUGCCGGGGAAGGUGAAUGUGCCGAGGGAGUGUAGGAGGUAUAAGAGGAGGACGAUCGAACAUUUGCAGGUGGCGAUAUAUGAUAAUCCGUUUGAGGAACUCGUUGCGCAUUUGCCGAAGACGACGGAUUGGAUCUGUGAGGCUUUACAUCCCGCUGCUUCGUCACAUUCUUCGCGUCCGGCGCAUCAACGCCAUUCGUCGUCUUCUUCGUCUAUGUUAUCUUCUGGCACGAAUACGCCGACGCCUUCCCGACCCUCUUCACGCGCGCAACAUCAUCCCCACUCCCACUCUCAAUCCUACUCUUCACCCUCGCACCUCCACCCUUCUCAAUUCCAACCUCACCCACAAUCCCAAACGACCCAAAACAAAGUCCUAGUCCACUGCGCCCUCGGCCGCUCCCGCUCCGUCUCCGUCGUCUGCGCCUACCUGAUACAUACACAUGGAUAUAGUACCGACGAGGCGCUCGAGCUGGUGAAGAGGACGAGGAGCGUGGCGCAGCCGAAUUCGGGGUUUGUGGGGCAGUUGGGGGAGUGGGCGAGGGGGGUUGGGAGGUGAGGGGUGGUGGCGAGUGGGCAAGGUGUGGGGAUGGGGAUUAGAGACGCGUGGGCGGAAGUGUGUCUUGGGACGCGGCGCUAGCGAAGAGCAGAGGAGAGGAGCGAGCAGGAGAGGAUCGGAGAUGAGGUGAAUUGGGCGUUGGUUGGGAUUCGGAUUCGGGGCCGACGUCGUUCUCGUUUCGUUUCGCCUCACCCUCCUCCUCCGCCGCCGCCUCCUUCGCCGCUGCCGUUGAUGUCAUCCUACGGUCUACUACCUCCGCGCCGAGGAUGCGUUGGGUUGGGAUGGGGUGUUUGCAGAUUGUGAUACCACCGAGCGGCGAUGCGACGGCUUGGUCUUCCGUUUCUUUUUGACGUUCUGACGUUCUGAUGCGGAUGGGUGUUGUUGCGUGUUCUACUUCCUUCUAUUUUCUGGGUGGGCGUUCGCGCGCUGAGGACGGAGGACGGAGGGUUGAUGAUGGCAUCAUCAUGCAUUAUGCUGAUGGCAUGGGUGGGUGGGUGAAUCAGCUACUAAGUUGGCGCUCGUCUGUUUUUUCUUUCUAUUCACGGCGUUCUGUUUUUUUCCUUCCGUUUUGAUCUACUUCACGCAUAACUUAUUCGAGCUUCGUCUCCUGGCUCCUGGGCCUCGGGCUCAGGCAGGCAGGCGAGGGUCUCAUUCCUCUUCCUCUCUUCCUCUUUCCUUUUCUCAUCAUCAUUAUCCUCUUUCUCAUUCUCAUUCUCAUCCUCCCUCUGAACUCCGCUCGUUUAUCGACAUCGUGUCUACCGAGAUGUUCACGUUUCCACUAGUACUGUUGAUGGGUUUUUUUAUGUGUUCUCUUUAUUUGUGAUUGUGAUGGGUUCGGUUAUGGCGGUUGUACGUAUAACUCUUCUAAGUAUUCAUGAACUCUUCCUUUUUUGAACAUUAUUUCUCUUUUUGUGUUCCCGCCGUUCAAGUUCAAGUUCGAGUCGACAUCGACACCGCUAGUUUUAUUCUCCUCCUUCGCGGGUACAUACAACCCUACAUACAACCGUACAUACGUGCAUAUAUGGCCCGCCCCCACAUACCGCCCGCCCAUACCAGUCACGGUACCCAUCAUACCACAUCCUACCCCAUUGACACGACAGAUACAUAGUAUUAUGGCACGUACAUACCACCACUGUCACUGUCACAUUCAUACUUCAUACCAUACCAUACCAACGCAAUGCGCCCUAAGUCCGUGUGCGGUGUGCGACGGUGUGCGAUCUGUGGUCACUGGAUAGUGUAAACGAAGGAAGGAACGAGGAAGGAUAAGAGGAAGAGAUGGAAGGGAAAGGGAAAGGGACGAAGAGAAGGGAAAGGC